GUGGAUAACAUAUAUUCUGAAAGAGAUAUCAACCAUCAGCAAAACAUCUAUUCUUUUCCGCUGGAUCAAAGUUGAUUUAUUUCCAAAAUACUGUAUUGUAUAGUUUUUGUGCAGACUAGAGGCGUUUAUCCAGCUACAAUGUUGGAGCACCAGGGCAGUGGGGUCAAGAUGCCACCCACUCAUAGAAUAUCCUUCUCCAUCCUAGACAUCCUGGACCCAAAUAAAUUCACCUGUAAAAACCAGAUCAAUUACUCACCAGAGACCAGAGGCACUGGUACACGGAGGCUUUCACAAAACGAGGAGGAAACUUUGGAGAAAGUGGCUAAGAAUGGUGCUGAAACAGAUUGGAACUCUGAAGACCAGCAGCGUGGUAAAGAAGAAAGAGACGAACAACUUGGUUCUGAAGUACAAAAGGGCCACUCAGACAAAACCGCGGAAUGCUCCAUACUGUCUGAUAAAGAAGAACCCGAGGUUUCAUUGGAGACAGAUAUCAAAGACGGAGAUGACAACGGCGAACUCGAAGUUGAUGAUUUCUCAGCUGACGAUUCUCAGGAUUCCUUGAAACAAAAAAGACGCAGCAGGUCCGAUCAAGGUUGCGCAAAGCCGAGGCGCGCGAGGACUGCCUUUACCUACGAGCAAUUGGUGGCGCUGGAAAACAAAUUCAGAUCAACACGGUACCUGUCGGUGUGCGAACGCCUCAACCUCGCCUUGUCUCUCAGCCUGACGGAAACCCAAGUCAAAAUCUGGUUUCAGAACAGGAGGACCAAGUGGAAGAAGCAAAACCCAGGGUCCGACAGUACAAUACAGACUGGAGCCAACUCACUCACCACUGUCGGUUGUAGUCCAAAUCACCCUGGGUCCGGUGGUCUCAACUUCCAGACUUUUCACACUUUCAGCCCAGGGAAUAUGCUCUUUCCCACAACUGGUGCAGUGCCGUUAUCAUCCACUGGAGGACUCCUCAAUCCAUUUUUAAACACGGCUUACCUGCCACUGUCAUUUUACACACCGCAUUUAUGAACUACUAAACAAUGGAGGUACCGUACUUUAAGAAGGGUCAGGAACAAGCAUGGGAUAGUUACCAUUGUAAAUAAUAAAAUACAAAAAAAGAAAAGAAUCAUAACUUGUUGCUAAUAAUGAAGGUGUCUAAUUUGAACGAUAUGUUCAGUCUGUAGCAUAUUGACUUUCAUUUGCAUUUUCAGGAAUCAUUCUAUUUUUGAAAAAGUAUGCAUUAUUGUGCUGGUAUUUGUAAUGAGUAGAACUGUAGUAUGUUGCCUAUACUAUCCAUUUGUUUGAAACGAUAUGAAAAUUAAUUCACUGCUUUUGAUGCUUCCACCACAGAGAUGCACACUUCCAAAUACGGAAGUGUUUACGCCAGUCUUUAAUUCAUUCUUAUCUGAGGAUGUGUUGAGAUCUACCUCUUCAUCCAUAUGUCACAUUACACUUUUACAUAUCUAGAGAAGUGCUUUCAAUUGUGAUGAAAUUUGGUCUGGACAUACUUUAGCACCUUGAGAAUAUAUCUGAAUCUGGGGAUUCAUGAAGGCAUCUGUCCAUCUACCUGUAUGUUAAAUUGACAUUUUUACAUAAAGAUGUAGGUCAUGGUGAGCUACUUCAUUUAGGUUACUGAUAGCUCUAAUUUUACAUUUACAGCGGUAAAGAGUAUCCUUACAUAAACAAUUAAAACCCACAAGAUAUAAUGUAUCAGAUAUAAUAUUACAUGUUUAAGAUAAUUCAUUCCACCUUUUUGGAUAUACAUGCACAUGUUGGUAUAUACAUGUCAAAACUGCACUUAUUAUUAUUUUUAAACACCUAUGAUUGCUUUCAAGAAAGAUGUAUUAAAGUACACAAAAUGAGUAUUUAUGUGCAACACGUUUUGCUGGAAAUUUAGGACUAAAGAUUGUUAACAGCAUAAAGUUUGUUUUAUAAAAUAAGUGUCAUUGUUUGUUGGUAAAUGUUAAGAAACAGUAAACUUUUUUCCAAAGUAAUUUGAAUUCUGUGUAUGUCUUUUAAUCUAUUAAAGAGUAAAAACAUAUGCAAUUUUAACUUAGCCCAGUGUGUCCUCUAUUGACCAUAGUAUGCAAUUGCACAUUCAAUAUCAAGCAGCAUGUAUAGCAUAUCAGUGGGUGAUGUCA